CCGUUUACAUUGCAGUACUUUAGCGUUCUAAAUGGGAGUGAGGAAAUUUCACACGUUGUCAGCAUCACAGUGUAUGUGUGGGAUUUAAAGUGAUUUACAAAAUAUAGACGAGGAAAUAUGUCGGAGUUGACGAAGAAAACAGACGAGGAUGUAAUUGAGAAACCACUUCCCCCUAACUGGAUCUUACAGCAUCCAAUGUACCAACAUCUGAUGAACCUAGAUGUUGGAGACAGUGCUCAAGUCCAUGCAGCUUUCUUGGUGUACCUGGAUCUAGCUGAAGUGCGUCAGUGGAAGGAGGUGAGUGGAGUGGGGUGCUCUGAGCUGCGACUGGUGUUGCUGGAGGGAAGGGAGAAGGAAGGAGAGCCCACUCAGACGGUGCUCCCACUACCUGUACACAGAGGCCUGAGCCACAGAAGUGUGCGCUCAGUGCUGGCCAGAGGCUCGCCCAUGCUCCUGUGUGUGGUGGCAUCUGACUCCAGCCUUGUCUACCAGAGGAUGUGUGAUGGCCUGCUGACCCCUGACCCCCCCGUGGGCAUCCAGGACCAGGGCCGCCGGCAACACCGCAAAAGACGCCAGCAACAUUGACCCGUAGCAGAACCACAGUGACCGUUAGUAGACCGCUAUGGUCUGGUAAUGAACUCUGCAGUGACCAGGAGAGAACCACAGACGGAAUGGCAGGCUGUUGUGGUCUCGUAAUGAUGAACCAAAGUGCCAGUGUUUUCCUUAAAUUUGGCAGGGCGUGCCUAGCUUCAUUGCUCCGUUUCUGAACUGUUUUUGAGAACCUGGGCAUAGCGACUUAAGGCUCAACAGCUAGCCUACAUAAAGUAUGACAGACCCUGAGAGACUGCGUCAAGAGAAAUAUGACAAAUAUUACAACGGCCAUAACUGCCUUUAAAAGGUGCCACAGUCCCUGUGGGCCAGAGGGUUUGUGUUAUAACUGCCAGAGGGUUUGUGUUAUAACUGCCAGAGGGUUUGUGUUAUAACUGCCAGAGGGUUUGUGUUAUAACUGCCAGAGGGUUUGUGUUAUAGCUUCUCGGACAAUUGACAGACAAUCAAUCAGACACUGGAUUGCAGUUGGACAUAAAAUUGCCAGAGGAUACAUAAGUUGUAUUGAAUUAAAUCUCCAUACAGUACAUCCAUGAAGCAAUACAUGCUUAUGUAGCAGACUGCCGUAUCCACAGACACCACUCAGAACUUGUUCAGCUGGUUAUAGUUACUGUAACACUGCUUUGCUUUGUGCCGACUCCAUACCCAUUUAUUUUAAGUGCAGUUGUGAUUUUUAAACUGUAGAGGGCAUGAAAACAACCAUGGAUGCCUCGAUGAUAUUGCUAGACCGUCAUUUGACAUUGACAGAUAAAAACAACAGUAAACACAA